GAGAAAGUAAACAGAAUCCUCUCUCUCUCUCUUUCAUCUUUACCGAGUUGAGCUUCAUCCUUUUCUUUCUUUGCUCACAUGAAGACAAUCAUGGCCAAAACUCCUCACGAAUCAUCCUUCUCCUUCUCGAAGAGGCACUUUCCUUGGAGAAGAAAGGUCAUUGAAGGUGACGACGAAGACGAAACGAUGACAUUCAACUCCUCCUUCAACUCCUGCUCCCAUCUCUCCGACGAGAAAAUAGAGAUAAUUAAGGGCUCCACGCCAACGCCGGCAGUCUCGAUACCGGUGCCAGGUCAAAGGAAGAAACUGCCCGUUGUGACCGUUGCAAGGCUCCGUUCUGUUCUUACAGUCUUCACUAAAAACCGUUCACACUUGUCUUCAAGACUCGGUACCCGAGUCAUAGGCACUCUUUUUGGCCAUCGACGUGGGCCUGUGAAGUUUGCAUUUCAGGAGGAUCCCAAGUCGUAUCCGGCCUUUCUGAUCGAGCUUACCACUCUAACGUGCGGUUUGGUUCGAGAAAUGGCAUCUGGGUUGGUCCGAAUUGCGUUAGAGUGCGAGAAGAAAUUCGACAACAAAGGCGUGAGAUUGCUUCAGGAGCCCAAGUGGACGGCUUACUGUAAUGGGAAGAAGUGCGGUAGUGCAACCAAGCGUGAAUGCAGGCCGGAGGAGUGGAAGGUAUUGAAAGCCGUGGAACCAAUUUCAAUGGGAGCUGGUGUCUUGCCGGGGAACGGAACCGGGUCCGACGGUGAACUCAUGUACAUGAGGGCUAAAUUUGAGCGAGUCGUGGGCUCCAGAGAUUCUGAGGCUUUCUACAUGAUGAAUCCUGAUGGUACUGGAGGUCCUGAGCUUAGUAUCUAUCUGCUUAGAGUCUGAGUUAGCAAUGGAGAGUCUCAAUUUAACUACUUGAUACUUAGUUUUGCAUUGAGAGUUCAGCUGUAACAGUACCUUUUUUUUCUUCCUUCCUUCUGGGUUUCAUGCUGUAACAGUACUUGUGUCCAGAGCAUAAAUCGACAAAAGAAACGGAUGAUAGCUCUUGGGCCAUAGAACCAUGCAAAUAGAGAUUUGAUGGUCUCUGCUGAUUCUUAGUCUUUGGUACUGUAGGAACUAGGAAGUGCAUUAUAUCAUGAUGGAUCGGGUCUGGGGUAUAUCUAUGUAUAGGUUUUCUCUUUUAUCUUUCAAAUAGCAGAUGCAGUCAUCAAUUACCAUUAUCUUUGCAGUUUCCAUUUUAGACCCUUUUGUAUGGAGUUAUGAAGAAGUAUGAACUAACAUGACUACAUGACAUUCUUCUGCUUACCAAAAAAAGAAAUGGCAUUCUUCUGACUGUUUAUGUUUUUGAAUCCUAGAAAUGAAAAAUUAUUCAUAGGUCCCACUUUGAGAUCA